AUGGCUAUUGAUAUCCCUAGACAAGUGAUUGAAAAACUUGUGUUUUUCACCGUGGCAAUGAUUGUCUUGCCAUUGGUCACCUUCUUCUCAUUACAACAAUAUACCGACAACACCCUUAUUAGUGGCGGUUCUGCUGCUCUCAUGGCCAAUGUUGUUUUGGUUGGUUAUUUGAUCGUGGCUUUCACCGAAGAAAUACCCGUCAAUGAUGGCGAGGAAAAGAAGGAUGCAAAGAAGGAGAAGUGA